ACGAGGAUGACGAGCAUCUUGUCAAACAUGUUCAGAGCCAUAUUGAUAUCCAGACUCAGGCAGAAACGACUGAGAUUGAGACAGCAGCGCGACCAGCAGCAGCCGGGUGAACCCGCCGCUCGGGAGCAAGGUUCUUCGAAUCCACCGGGUGGUCCUGAAUUUCCCAGGGCGGGUUGCAGUGCUCCGGACUCCGACGAAGAAGUGUCCAUGAAGUGCUUGAAGGAAUACACGGGACACAGGAAUGCGAGGACAAUGAUCAAGGAGGCCUGUUUUUGGGGCUCCAAGUUCGUCAUGAGCGGGUCCGACUGCGGACACAUUUUCGUGUGGGACAAGGGGACUGGGGAACACGUCAUGAUGCUGGAGGCUGACCGGCGGGUUGUGAACUGCGUUCAGCCUCACCCAACGCUUCCGAUGUUUGCAAGUUCAGGCAUAGAUUAUGAUGUCAAAUUCUGGGCUCCGGUUGCCCCAGAGCCGGGGUUCGACGAAGCUGAAGCUCUGAAGGACUUGAGGCAGGCCAACGAAGAUACCCCGGAGAGUAUGGACUCCACGGACCCACCUGACUCAUGA